AUGCAACUCAGCACUCUUCUCAGUCUUUCCAUUUUCGCAGCCUUCGGUGCUGCAGAGACAAUAGCUCUCAAAGGCGCACCAGUGCUCGCAGGCCGCGGUCCUGGCACAGUGGUUGUUGGCGGAGGAGGUCACACACAGAUUCAUCACAAGCGCGCCGACGAGGAAGUGACGCAGGGAGUAGGCGAGCCGGUCUCGUACACCAUGGUCGAGGGCACCAUCACAACCGAGGGGGUCACCAUUGUCGUCAGCACGCCCAGCAUUGCCGGGUACACGCCCAGCCCGACCAACAAGGGCGGGAGCAGCACCGUCUCGACCACGGCGAGUCCCGGCGGGGCGGCCGGGGCGAUGGCCUCGCCGUUUGUGGGAGGUGUCGCUGUUGCGGUUGGUGUUGCUGCUGCUCUGCUGUAA